UUACAUUACUUCCUUGUAACCCAACUCAUACGCACACACUUUUUAAAGCCUUCUUCCUUCCACCGAAUCCCCUCACUCUCUCCUCUCUCUCUCUCUCCUUCAAUCGCAAAUUCGCAUUUCACUUUCAUCCACACCGUCAAACACACACAGGAAAAAUAAUCUUUUAAUCAAUCAUUGUGAUCUUGGCGACCCGUCAAGAUUCUGAUCAAAAUGGCGCAUCAGCGUUAUUUCAAUCCAUCCUACAUGCUAGAGACCGAGAACGAUCCGAGCUGGAACUUUGCAGAAAAUAUCUACGCGCAUACAGAUAAUAUGUUGAUCGAUGGAGCACAAUACACACAUUGUAAUCAUACACCAACAUCGAAUGCAUAUUCUUCAUUGCCUCACAAUCUACAAAUCCCGAAUUAUCAACAAGACGUUGCUGGUCCAUCAGAUCUUUCUAUGCAUACACAUACACCAUCUGCUUACGUAGCAUCUUCAUCUAAUUACAGUGGAAAUCCUUUUAACGAAGAAGAUUUAUUCGAUAUUAGGAUCGGUAAUGCAAGAGUUCAUUCUAAACGUAAAAGCCCUGGUGUUCCAGAUGGUCAAAGUUCUUCUGAUGUUGUAAUGGUCAAUGAACCGUGGCAAGAAAGUCAACCCGCAAAUUUUCUUCACGCACCUUGGGAUUAUCAUACGACAAACCCCAUUGGCCUUUCGAUCGGCGCGGAGAACUCGCUAAGGAAUGUGAGAAGCCGGUCAACGUUUGACUUGGAAGCAAACUCUGUGAGAAAUCAUUUGGCAAAUAAUAUAUCGUGUGACUUUUACACAAGUAGUCAACCGAUGGAUGUUUCGGUUUCACCCUCGAUAAAUUUGAAUUCAAAUCAUCUGUCUUCUGUUGCUCAAGAUAUCAGUUCUAUUAGUUAUGAAUUAAACCCGUUUCUCCAAGGAAGCAGUACCCGUAGUUCGUUGAUAGUAAACGCGCCACAAAAUAACAAUCAUGCUCUCCGAAAUUUUCCGAGUUCCUCUGCGCAGUCUGUGAGAGCAAUUCAAAAUGGAUAUAGUCAAAGUCAAAGGUCUGCGCCAACUUUCAGGUUGUCUUCAACCAACGUGACAGACGAUAGGCUGCGACUAGCGACCAAUGGUCAUCCUUCCCACCCGCCUAGGCCUUCAUCCACCGUAGGCUGGCCCGCUAGUGACCGGAGAUACCGAUCUUUAUCGCGGGUGAAUUAUCAUGAUCGACCGCCAUCUCAGGGUCUUAUGAUUGUGGACCGGUCAACUUCCAACGGAUCUAGAAAUCCAUUUGAUCUACAUCGGGAUAUGAGACUUGACAUUGAUGACAUGAGCUACGAGGAGCUACUUGCACUUGGGGAAAGAAUUGGAAGUGUAGGCACUGGCCUAUCAGAUCAUCUAAUCUCGAAAUGUAUGCAAGAAUCGAUUUAUUGUUCUUCGGACCAAAUGCAAGAUGAAGGAACCUGUGCCAUCUGCCUGGAAGAGUAUGCAAACAUGGACGAUGUAGGCAUGCUACGAGUUUGCAGGCACGAUUUUCAUGUCGGGUGCAUCAGAAAAUGGUUGUCACUGAAGAACUCAUGUCCUAUUUGCAAAGCAGAACCCAUGAAACAGAAAUAGUUGCAAGACUUCAUGUUGUGUUUGUAAAUACUUGUUUAAAAUUGGAGGAUUUGGAUAAUCUUAUAAACAUUGUGCAUCCAUGACAGUAAUAUGUGUACAUAUUUGUUUAAGUAACAUGUUUAUGAAAGUUAUAUUGAAUUACAAGGUUUGUUAA